AUGGUCGAGUGGAUCGGUUGGUUAUUGAAGGUUGUCUAUUUGUAUGGACACCUAAUCGGGGUUAGGAACUUCGAGUUCGACUGGCGGACAGGACGUGUCUACAAAUCCAUAAGAAGCACGUUCUAUGCCAGCGGCAUCCACGCCAUAAUAUUAAUUAGCUUAGCUAUGAUGACAUUUAGGCAUCUUAAUAUAUGGAUGAUCUUCGGCAAGUCAAAUAUGUUGCUAAAAUAUGUCCUCACCCUUGUUUUCGGAUUGAGGAUAUUAGCAGGGCUCUCUACAGUUCUCAUCAGAUGGCCCCAGAGAACCCUGAUGAUGCAGUUCGCCAGAACAGUUCUUCGUCUGUUUCUGCAAAGACCGCAGGUGAUGCAGAUGUCCCGCUGGGGAGUUCUGUUCAAGAUAAUCAUUACAUCCGUCACUGACUUGUUGCAAGUGAUUUCCAUCUGGAUCGCAUGGGAUCGUAGGAGAUCCGAUCAAACCCUGGGGAUAUUUCUACAGUACUGGAUGUCAGCAAUUGUGAAUUUGGCUAUAGCGGAACACUAUCUGGCAAUCCUUUUCGUUAGGGCUUAUUAUAAUCUCCUUAACACGGAGCUGCGACAGGUGAUGGAAGAGUGCCAGAAGUUGAGUAACCAUCCCCAGCGAAGGGGUGCUUUCAUGACCAGAUGUUGCGAUCUGGCCGAUCAGUUGGACGACAUAGCUCAGCUUCAAAGUGAGCUGAUCUCAAUGGUGACCCAGUUGGGUGAGGCCCUCGGCAUUCAGGGGCUAAUGGUUUAUGGGGGAUACUAUAUAUUCUCGAUAGCCACUGUUUACCUUUCGUACAGUAUCUUUAAAACUGGAUAUGAUAAUUUGGAUAUGACCGUGACAUCAAUGAUUUUGACCUUCAUUUGGUGCUCCUUUUACUACCUUGAUGCCUUGCUCAAUCUGUUUAUCACCCUUAAUCUGCUUGACGACCACAAGGAUAUAAAACGUCUAUUGGAAGAGCGAACCCUCUUUGCCUCUCGUUUGGAUAUUCGUCUGGAGGAAUCUUUUGACAGAAUGCAGCUGCAGUUGAUACAAAACCCGCUGAAAACCGACAUACUCAAAACAUUUUCCAUCACUCGCGAGUCUUCAAUGGCCAUGUUGGGAUCAGUAAUAAUGCAUUCUAUAAUACUUAUUCAAUUUGACUUGGAAUUCUUUUAA